UCUUUUAUAGUUUGGCGCCCAAAUUCCAUUUCAUUCCCACUCUACCCUCUCUCACUCUUCUACCCACUUCUCUCUCGCACGCGCACUCUCUCUCCGUCGCCGUCUCCUCCGAAGUGCAAGAUGAACACCACGGUCCUCGAUUUCGACUCAGACAAACUUUUGGCCAGUGACUUUCUCAAGAACUUCGCUGACAUCAAUGGCGAAUCAAAAUACAUGAACAUCCUUCAAGAUGUAGCAAACCACAAAACUCGUGCUGUCCAGAUCGAUCUCGACGAUUUAAUUAAUUACAAGGAUUUAGACGAGGAAUUUUUGAGGCGUGUAACCGAGAAUACUAGGAGGUACAUUGGGAUUUUUUCGGAUGCCAUUGAUGAGAUCAUGCCGGAACCUACUGAGGCCUUCAUAGAUGAUGACCAUGACAUAUUGAUGACACAGAGAUCAGACGAAGUUGCAGACGGUGAAGAUGGUUCAGACCCACAGCAGAGGAUGCCUCCUGAAAUCAAGCGCUACUAUGAAGUUUAUAUUAAAGCAUCUUCAAAGGGACGACCAUAUACAAUUAGGGAGGUGAAGGCUUCAUAUAUUGGUCAGAUUGUAAGAAUAUCUGGUAUAGUGACACGCUGCUCAGAUGUUAAACCUUUAAUGAAGGUUGCUGUAUACACAUGUGAAGAUUGUGGUUUUGAAAUUUACCAGGAAGUAACAGCUCGAGUCUUCAUGCCUUUGUUUGAGUGUCCAUCCACUCGCUGUAAAAUAAAUAACAAUAAGGGGAACCUUAUCCUUCAGCUGAGAGCUUCAAAGUUUUUAAAAUUUCAAGAGGCAAAAAUUCAAGAAUUAGCUGAACAUGUUCCAAAGGGCCAUAUUCCACGAACAAUGACUGUUCAUUUCAGGGGAGAGCUCACAAGAAAGGUGGCUCCUGGCGAUGUGGUUGAAUUAUCUGGGAUUUUUCUUCCUAUACCUUACACUGGUUUCAGAGCAAUGCGUGCUGGUCUGGUUGCUGACACUUACUUAGAGGCGAUGUCUGUAACUCAUUUCAAGAAAAAAUAUGAGGAAUAUGAACUUAGAGGAGACGAGGAGGAGCAGAUUGCACGUUUAGCAGAAGAUGGCGACAUCUACAAUAAAUUAGCAAGAUCAUUGGCUCCUGAAAUUUUUGGACAUGAAGAUAUUAAAAAAGCACUGCUUCUUCUUCUUGUUGGUGCUCCCCAUCGGAAGCUGAAAGAUGGAAUGAAGAUUAGAGGAGAUUUACACAUAUGUUUGAUGGGUGAUCCUGGUGUUGCCAAGAGUCAGCUCCUUAAGCAUAUAAUCAAUGUAGCUCCAAGGGGGGUGUACACCACUGGAAGAGGUAGUAGUGGAGUUGGUCUAACUGCUGCUGUUCAGAGAGAUCCAGUGACAAAUGAGAUGGUUCUUGAAGGUGGAGCAUUGGUGCUAGCAGAUAUGGGCAUAUGUGCCAUUGAUGAGUUUGACAAGAUGGAUGAAUCAGAUCGAACAGCUAUACAUGAAGUCAUGGAACAGCAGACUGUUAGCAUUGCCAAAGCUGGGAUCACUACUUCACUGAAUGCAAGGACUGCUGUGCUUGCUGCAGCUAAUCCCGCCUGGGGAAGAUAUGAUCUACGAAGAACUCCAGCUGAAAAUAUUAAUCUUCCCCCUGCCCUCCUAUCAAGAUUUGAUUUGCUGUGGUUAAUCCUUGAUCGAGCUGAUAUGGAUAGUGAUCUUGAAAUGGCUAGGCAUGUUGUCUAUGUCCACCAAAAUAAAGAGUCCCCUGCACUAGGAUUUACUCCUCUUGAUCCCUCUGUUCUUCGUGCCUAUAUAUCUGCUGCAAGAAGAUCAUCUCCCAGUGUCCCAAGAGAUCUGGAAGAGUAUAUUGCAAGUGCAUACUCCAGCAUUCGACAAGAAGAAGCCAAGUCUAGUACUCCCCAUUCAUACACAACUGUCAGAACAUUGCUCAGUAUUCUCCGUGUAUCAGCUGCGCUUGCAAGACUCCGUUUCUCUGAAACUGUUGCUCAGAGUGACGUGGACGAGGCACUGAGGUUAAUGCAGAUGUCAAAAUUCUCUUUGUACUCCGAUGAACGUCAAAGAUCUGGUCUGGAUGCCAUAUCAGAUAUUUAUUCCAUUCUGCGUGAUGAAGCUGCAAGGAGUGGCAAAACGGAUGUCAGCUAUGGUGAUGCACUGAAUUGGAUAUCUAGAAAGUAAAUGUAUGGCAGAUAAGUCCCUCGUUUGAUAUCAAGUUUAUUGAUGCUUGAUGAGGCAAUCUGGUUUCAAGAAGCUAAUAUUAGAGUACUGGGCGCACUAUUGGGAAUCAUGUUCGGUAUUCUAUAUCUUUUACUCGUAGUUUGAUUUUUGCCAACCCGUUGUAAGUUCCUUUUAUUACGGAGAGUUGUUAUUUUAUUUUGGUUUAAUUUAUUCAUCCCGUUUCUAAAACUUUUAUGCUACAGCUAAGUUAGGGCUAGUGCAAAUUAGAAGCACAUUAGUUGCUUGUUCAUUGUAAAAUCUAUUAAGGUGACAAACUAUUUGACGCGGAUUAUGUUGAUACUUUGUAACAGACGAAGGCAGGAAUUGGGGAAAGAAAAACUAUGUAGUAGGUUUCACAAGGUUUAAAUUAAUAAUUUGAGUUAGCUAUCUUA